AUGAAGAUUCUUGACGACGAAGAAAGAAAUGAGCACUGGAACACCGUCCUUGUUGAAGGAAUUAAGGGAUGUGUGGUUGGUGCUGGAUGUGCUGCUUUGUUUGUGGGUGCUGUGAAGAGAAGGUACCCUACUCACUACUUGAAAUUCAAUCUGUCUAUCAAGGCUGCGAUGUGGGCCAUGCCAACCAUUGGUAUGGGAGCCUUCUUCGCCGAUGACGGUUCCUGGAAGUUCGACGAGAAGAUGUAUCGGUCCGACUACUUGCAGGAGUUGGAGAAGCAGAAGUUGGAGCGUUGGGAAAAGCUCUCCACAUCAGAUAAAGCGUUCACGCUUGUAAACGAUAACAAGUAUAAGAUCAUCAUCAGUGCAUGGGCUGCCUCUUUGUACGGUUCGUGGUACUUUGUCAACAAGGACAAGUACAUGACAGUUGCUCAGAAGGCAGUGCAAGCCAGAGUCUACGCUCAGGCCAUUACUGUUGUUUUGUUGUUGAGUACGCUUUUGUUAAGCAUGCACGAGCGUGAAUUGGCAGCCAAGGAGCCUGCUCCAGUGCCAGAGUGGAAGCGUUAUCUUGCAGAGCAGGAGGCUGCCAAAAAGAAUGCCUAG